AAGCAUCGCUGGACGGAAGAUGAAACGCAAGCGCUCGUCGACGGGUGUAACAAACAUGGCGUCGGCAGCUGGAAGAUCAUUCUCAGCGAUCCAGAGUUCUCGCAUCGAUUUGAAAAUCGUACUGCAGGCGAUUUGAAGGAUCGCUUUCGGACUUAC